GUGCACUGUGGUCAAGGAGGCAAGCAAUUUCUGCGCGGUGCACACUGGGAUGCAGCGUGGCGAUCCGCUCGCUCCGCUUGUAUAGCAUCGCGGGAGGCGAGUAGGGCGGCGUGCUUGGGCGCGCGUUGCAUGCUGGGAUGCAGCUGGUGGAAUCGUGCAUUGCUGCUUGCAGGAUCCAGCAGCCCCGGGAAUGGGGAGGAGGGGAGGUUUCUGUUUCCACGUUUGCGGCUUAAAAUCCGGUAACAGCAACAGAAGGCGGUGAACCCUCCUCGGGAGAUUGUGUAUUUGGAUUCACCUUCUCUUCAUCUCUGGAGCUAUGGGGGUACCUUCCCAACGCCAGAAAGGAGCUAGGAGCAGGAAGGAGCAGAGGAAACAGGCCUUGCCUGCUCCCUCACCCCAGGGGGCAGCACCCAAGGAGGGCAAGAGAGAAUCGCUCCCCAGACUGGAGCCUGCAGCAGCUGAGUAUUUCCGUCAAGCUCACGAGACCUUGAAAUCCGGGUUUGACUCCGAGGAGGAGAAAGGUCUCUUUGUUAGCAACGUCUUGGAGGAGGCGGAGGCCGUGGCUCUGCCCCUGGCCCUGGACACGGCUGGCUCUCUCCUUCUCCAGGCCCUCCUCCCUUCUGCUUCGUCGUCCGGCUUGAGCCGCCUGCUGCGUGCCUUCCUCCCUUCCCUGCGCCUGGCCGCUUGCCACCCCUGCGGGGCCCACAUCCUGGAGGCCGCCAUGCUGCGAGCCCCGGCGCUGACGACGAAGGGAGCGGAGGAUGCCGGGACGCUGGAGCACCAAGUCCUGGAGCUGGGGAGGGCCGUGCAGGAGGAGCUGUCGGUCUUUGCCUUGGACGCCCACGCUAGCUUUGUGGUGCGGACGCUGCUGCAAGUCCUUGGAGGGGUCCGGGUCGGGUCAGAUGGGAGCUGGGGGCUCCCGGGAUUAGGGACUUCUUCCUCCAGAGCCAAACAAGCCAAACUGGGGAGUGACGCGCCCUUGGAGUUUGAGGUCCCUGACACCUUUCUCUCCCUCCUGCGUGAAUUCAGCGGGCGCUUUCAGGAGCACAUUCCAGAUUUCAUUGCCAACAAAUAUUUCAGCCUCUGCCUCCAGGUGGCGCUGGAGGUCUUGCACCGGAAGCUGCCUGGGGACUGUUCAGAGUUGUGCCACUCGGUGAUUGGCUACUUGAGCUCCUGCAACCAGGCUGCUGGGCAAAGCCCCCUCCUGGUGUUCCUGAAGGACAAGACUUGCAGCCGGGUGCUGGACAAGGUCCUGGAGGUGUCUGACCCAAAGGCCUUGCGCUCCUUCUAUAAGGCGCAUGUGAAGGGGCAGCUGCGAGUCCUGGCAGCCCACAAAGUGGCUAACUUCACCUUGCAGAGGCUCAUCCAGGCGGCCUCUGGCAAGCUGCUGGGAAAACUGUUUGAGGAGCUGAGCCCAGGCGUGGAAGAGAUAAUGGCCUGUGAGCACCUGGGAGUGGUCGCAGCGCUUCUGGGAGCCUGCAGAAAACACGGCUCCCACCAGCAGGAGGUGCUGCAGAUCCUCAUGGAGGCUUUCCACUGCUGGGAGCCGCCUCCCCGCCAGCUGGUGUGCGUCCCACUUAUUGCAUCUGUGUUGGCCUACGAGGUGUAUUACAGUCAGGAGGAGGAAGAGGAGAACCCAUCACAGCCUCCAGCUGACCCAUCUCGUGCCUUGAGCUCCAUCUCCUAUCAUGGCUCCCUGAUGCUCCAGCACUUGCUGCACUUUGCCAACCCCUCUGCUGUGCUGCGCAGCCUGGCCGCCAUGAGCCCCAAGGACCUGGUCACACUGGCUUGCGAUCCAGCGGGCAGCCACGUCUUUGACGCCCUCCUGGCCAGCUCCUCUGUCCUGGAGAAACAGAGGCGCAAAGCAUUGCGUCUGCUCAAGGGCAGCUACGUGUCUCUGGCUUGCAGCAAACACGGGAGUCGCGUCCUGGAUGCCAUUUGGAACAGGGCCACCCUGCCAGCCAAAAGAGAGAUGGCUCAGGAAUUGGUGGAGCAGGAGCCACAGCUGCGGCACGAUCCUUUCGGCCACCACCUGGUCCGCAACUUCGCCUUAACCCACUUCCUUAAGCGGCGCCGAGACUGGGAGCGCCACCAGGAGGCAGAGAAGAAACGACGGGAGCUUUUCUCUGAGAUCUUGGAGGACUGAAUUGGGACAGUGGGGGCGUGAGAGGCUCUUGGUGAGAGGUUGGGAAUCCGCAUGUCUGCAGAUUUAAUGAAAGCAGGGGACUGGCCCUGUAGAGGGCGCUGUGGGCUCCUCCUGCACCACAGAGAGGCUGGAGGAUCAGGAACGGAUGUCUCCCACUGCUGUCUGCUCCCAAAUGGAUCUGUUUUUGUAGAUAUUAAGAGAUAACAUGAAUAUUUUUAUGUUUUCUUUUCUUGGCCUUGAUCUUGUCUGGGGCCUAAUUCAAUAAAUUAAACUAUUUUCCGA